GAGAAGCAAGCAGACAUCAUGGCGAAUAACGGCAAUGGCGAGAGGCAAGGAGAGGCGGUCAACACAGACAUCAUCACGCUCACGCGGUUCUUGACCGAAGAGCAGACGAAGCACAAGGAAGCCACGGGAGACUUCACAUUACUCUGCCACGCCCUCCAAUUCGCAUUCAAGAGCAUUGCCUACUACAUUCGACGAGCAACCCUCAUCAACCUCACCGGUCUCCAAGGCACCUCCAACACCACAGGCGACGACCAAAAGAAACUCGACGUAAUCGGCGACGAGCUCUUCAUCAGCGCCAUGCGCUCCUCGGGCCGCGUGCGCCUGCUCGUCUCGGAAGAACAAGAAGAAUGCAUCCUCUUCGACGAAUUCCCCGGCGCGCGCUACGCCGUCGCGUGCGAUCCCAUCGACGGCAGUUCGAACCUCGAUGCCGGUGUGUCUGUUGGCACCAUCUUCGCCAUCUACAAGCUGCCCGAGGGCGCGCAGGGCACCAAGGAAGAGAUGCUCAAGCCGGGCACGGAGAUGGUGGCGUCUGGAUUCACCAUGUAUGGCGCUAGUGCGCAGUUGGUUAUCACGAUGAAGGGCGGCAGUGUGAAUGGGUUCACGCUUGAUAAUGCGUUUGGCGAGUUCAUUCUCACGCAUCCGGACAUGCGCGUGCCCAAGUCGAGGGCAAUUUACAGUGUCAAUGAGGGGAACAGCAUGUAUUGGACGGAUCCGGUCAAGGAUUGGUGCGAGAGCUUGAAGAAUCCUGGAGAGGGUGGGAAACCAUACUCGGCACGUUAUAUUGGGUCCAUGGUGGCGGACGCGUACCGCACAUUACUAUAUGGAGGCAUCUUUGCGUAUCCGGCGGAUAAGAAGAGUCCCAAGGGUAAGCUGCGUAUCCUGUACGAGUGUGCGCCCAUGGCUAUGGUUUUUGAGAAUGCUGGCGGCCUGGCUGUCAACAGCAAGAUGGAGCGCAUGUUGGAGGUUGUUCCCGAGCACAUUCACGACCGAUCGGGCAUCUUCAUGGGCUCGGAAGGAGAGGUUCAGAAGGUCAUUGAUUCGCAUAAGAAGUACCAAAAAUAGGUGGAAUAGAACAUGAUAUACCAUAGGCUGCGCAACAGAAUACGAUUAAAGAGCAAUUCGCCAUGAUUC